GAGCCCCGCCACAUAUGCAUAUAAAGGCAGCCAUAGGGUUUGCCAUUUCAAAUCUUGCUGGAGUCGCUGCCACCAUGAUGAAAGUUCUCGUCCUCGGUCUUGCGCUGGUCUUCCUGUGCUCCGUGAGGGCUGAGGAUGACAAGAACUUUGCCUUUGACUUUCUGAGCAGAUACAACUACAUCUCCCAAACGAGAAGCGGAAACCAUGACUUCACGACUGCAAUCAAGAAUUUCCAAACAUUCUUCGGGCUGCCUCUGUCAGGCGAGCUGGAUCAAGCUACCGUGGCCCUCAUGAGAAAACCGCGGUGCGGAAUGCCCGAUGUUGACGAUAGCGGUCUGCGCGUGCGCAGAUACAAUGCAAGAGAUCCAUGGAGCAAAAAGAGCCUGACUUACUACAUCGAGUACGGCGCUGACUUGAGUGCGUCCGAACAGGAUGACAUCUUCCGACUUGCUCUUAAGUUCUGGGCGGAUGAGUCCGGGCUCUCUUUCCGUCAAGUGAAAAGUGGAACAGCCGCCGAUAUUAAGAUAAGUUUCGGCUCCGGAGCUCACAUGGGCACCCAUGUAGAGUCUCAGUGCCCCUUCGACUUCGACGGUCCCGGGAAAGUCCUCGCCCACGCCUACUUCCCCUCAGAUGGGCGUGCCCACUUUGACGAGGACGAGACCUUCACCCAUGGGACCUCAUCUGGGAUCAACCUCAUGUGGGUGGCGGCGCAUGAAUUCGGACACUCCCUGGGUCUUGGACACUCUAAUGUUCAGGGCGCCCUUAUGUAUCCCUACUACACGGGGUAUAAACCGGACAUGAAGCUCCACGCGGACGACAUCGCUGGAAUACAGCACCUUUAUGGCGGCCCCACGGGUGGAGGCGGAGGCGAGGUCACUGAUGCUCCUGUGGUUCCACCAACUGCCAAUCCCAACUGCAGAGACCGUUUGGACAGACCAUGUGCUCCUUAUAAGGACGCGGGGUAUUGCAGCACGUACCCAGAUAACAUGAAGUACUGGUGUGCUAGGACAUGCAAGUUCUGCUAAAAUGAUUUCCAGGAAUUGCGUACAAUUUUACACUUUUGAUGUGUAUGACGAAAUAAAGUUGCAGAGUAAAUAUUA